UUCUUUUUUCCUUUUUAUUUUUCAUUACAAAAUGAAAUGCAAUUCCAAAGCUAAAAUACCCCACGCGGAUCCCUUUUCUCUUCUCCGCCAUUUUCUUAUGCUCUCUCUCUGUUGGGAGCGGGGUCCCAAAACUUUUGUGGGACCCGAGUUCUCAAAUUUUUUUGGAUGGUGCCAAGUGAGAUACCCUUUUGCUUAAUUUGCUCCAAGUUUUGAUCUUUUUUUGAUGGGGUGGUAACCUAAAUGUUAUGUGCUUAUGUGUGGAUGCAAUGAUUUCUUUUAGGGGAAUGAUGGUGCCCAUAACGGAAAUUUAUUUGUUUAUUUUGCAUUAAAGUGGGUGACUUGAAUGGACUCCAACGAAACGGGAAGGGUUGUUGUUAUGUAUUUAUGCUGAAUUGUUAUUUGUACACUCUUUGUUGUUGUUGCAUGAAAUAGGUUGUACCCGGAAUCCUAGUUGGUUUUUGUAGAAGUUCAAGGUUCAAGAGAUUAAUAUGUUACUGAAAGAUGAAAGUUAGAGCAUGUUAGAUUGAUGCUUUAGUUGUUACAGCAUACAAGUAGAAGCAAAAGUAGCAAAAAUGUUCUUUCUUAUAUCAACAUAUUUUUUGUAUAAAAGAGAUUCAUGUGAAGUUCAAGAAGUACUCCUCAGAUAAUACUUUAGGGGUAUUUUAUUAGUUAAGGAGCAACCAAAUGAACUUUCUAUCUCAAUAGACUAAUUGAGUAGAAAUCCCAAGAAAGUUUGAAUUCGAAAAGAUUAUUUACUUAAAAAACGAUUCCUUUGGGGUUUUGAAUGAAACUAAAAUGAGUGAAACUUGUGUUAAUCCUUGUAUAGUAAGUUUUAAGUGUUUAUUAUCAUGGAAUUAGUUUUGUUAGUGAAAGUUGUGGAAGGUGUACCUCAAGUCAGAAGGUUCAUAUUUUGUUUGUAGUCAUUGGAUUAUCCUUUUAACUGAUGAAAGGAGACAGAGAAGGGUUCUGGUCAAAGAAAGUGCCGAGUGUAGGGGAGGAAGAAGAGAGGAUGGGAAGAUCAAGGGCAUGCUAUUUUGUUAAUUCCUUAGCCGUGGCAAUUUCCACUCAGAAUGUUGCUUACAAGGAAACUGAAUUUGGUAACCCAUAAAGCAUGAUUAGAUGGAAGUGAAAGUUGAGGCUUGUGCUUUGUUUAUCAGUCAAUUGCUUUAAAUUGCAGGAAUGAUCUGGUGCUGAAUUCUGCAGUAGAAGCCCUUCUUUUAUACUGUCAUGCUAAUGGAAGUAGGAGCAGGCGACCCUUAUGCAACUAAUCCGGGUCCAAUUGAUGGUUCGGUUCUUUAUGAUCAAGACAAGCAUGUUUCCACAGCAGUAUGGGAUGGACAGGAGCGUGGGGCUCUCAGAUGUCAUGAACACACUUCAAAACUUGAUCAGUGGACACUUACCCCAAAACAGAUCGAGUUGGUAGAGAGGGCUGGAUUUGGAUACUUGAGGUCAAUCCCAGCUAUUAGCCUGGACAAUCCACUUAUCUCUGCUCUAGUCGAAAGGUGGAGAAGAGAAACAAAUACUUUUCACUUGAAUGUUGGAGAAAUGACGGUAACCCUUAAAGAUGUUGCACUCUUGCUUGGUCUAGCAAUUGAUGGAGAUGCUGUAAUAGGUCUUACAUAUACCGCGUGCAAUUCGGUUUGUGAGAAGUAUCUUGGCAAGGUGCCAGAAUCUGGCUACACAAGUGGUGGAAUGGUGAAGCUGAGUUGGUUGAAAGAGUUCUUCUCUCGCUGCCCUGAAGAUGCUCCCAUCGAAGUAAUAGAGCAACAUACUCGUGCUUAUCUUCUAUAUCUUGUAGGUAGCACUAUAUUCUCCACCACUACGGGUAAUAAAGUCCCUGUGAUGUACUUGCCAUUGUUUGAGAAUUUUGAUAGAUGUGGACAGUAUGCCUGGGGUGCCGCAGCGUUAGGAUUCUUGUAUAGAGCACUGGGUAAUGCAUCGCUGAAAACUCAAAGCACCAUUAGUGGCUGUUUAACACUACUGCAGUGUUGGAGUUACUUUCAUCUAAAUAUCGGGCGCCCAAAGCUUAAUCUUGAUAUGAUGCAUGAUCGAUUUCCAUUUGUGCUUAGAUGGAAAGGCAAACAAAGUGGUCCGACUGCAAAUCGUGAUGUUGUUUUUUAUCGCAAAGCUUUGGAUUCGCUAAAAUCAUGUGAUGUAGAGUGGCUACCCUACAGAAACAUGGACAGCAUGGUAAUUCCUGAACAUAUCAAAAGAACUUUGUUUCUUGGGAGAUCGAAGACAAUGUUGAUAUGCUUUGACAAGGCAGAAAGACAUCUUCCAAAUCGGUGCUUACGGCAGUAUGGCAUGCUUCAAUCAAUCCCAGAGGAUGUAGAGCGAUGGGAGAGGAAGAGUAGAGGAGUGGAUGGCGGGGUUGAUUUAUCCGGUAAAAUGGAAUCAGAGCUUAAUGAAUGGAUGGAACGCCGUGUGCAUAUUGUUGACAGCGAUGAAGGUAUUGAUGAAAGUGAGUACAUGGAAUGGUAUUUGAGAAUCACUCGAAAGUUCAUCGGGAGGCCUAUUUCUCUCUCGUCCGAGUUCCAGAGAACGAAAAUAAACAAAUCUAUGCAGAAUGCUGGUCUGAGGGACAUUGCGCACAUUGCGGAUACCUUCUCGACGAAAGGGUUGGAUCCACAACAAAUAGAAUCGAUAUCACGGAUUAGAUAUAUCGCCCAUGAAUGUUUGAGAGACCAAAUUGGCGGUCCGGUCAUGGUCUCAACCUCCCCCCAAGUUGAACUUGGAAAAAGGGUAAGAGGAAAGGAGAGGGUUAGAAGAAAAGGCGCUGGUAAACGAUUACGGAAGGAUGGUGCAGUUCAAUAUACUAGUGCAGUUAGUGAAGAUGAACAACCUCAGUUUUAUGGUACUGCUAUUCCGGUUGAUCAAUUACAUCUUACAAGGAUUGAUAGAGAGUUGGAUCAUGCACAAUUAUGUUCUGUAGAGAAUGCAGUUAGUGCUGUCCAGUUGAUUCACGCCGAAGGUGACAGUGAGAAUCUGCAGCUCUGUGAUGCACACAUUGGUGUCAACCAAUCAGAGUUGCACUAUGCAGCCGUUGCUGAUAAUCACAACAAGCCGGACGAUCUUGCUGCCGACGCUAACCAUCAAGAUCUAAAGGAUGGAGUUGGUGAGGAAAUAAAGGAAGAGUUUAACCAUAUGACUGGUGAAGAGAAUAUCGAAGAACUAACUGUGGCCAACACGGUUCAUGAUGUACAACAACCCUAUCCUAUGGUGAAUGAUAGUUCACAGGUUUGCGACGAUGCCAUGCACGCGAUUAACAACAACCUUGCAGAGACAGCUGCAGAUGUCAGUCAGUCGCGUCUUGGCAACUCUGCUGGGGAGGUCAACCCGCAUCAGAGCAACGCAGACGACGAUUUUGUUAAUUCGCAACUUUCCCAUAUUAGCAAUGAGAGUGAACAACAGCCAUCUGCUAAAGCAGGAAUAGAAGUGUCUCAACAACAUUCUUCCAUUGAAACCCAUGAGGAUAUUUCACAGAAAGGUGAUUGUAGUGUUGCUGUAUAGGGUGAAAGAGCCUACACUAAUGUAGUUUUUUUGUAGAGAAGCAAAAUUUUAGGCAGAAGAAAACCUAAUUUAAAAGAUGUGGUGGUGCCAUGUAUAAUUAUUCAUAUUAAUUUAUCUUCUUAUUUUUUUUUUCA